CGAACGACUGCUUGCGAUCAGCUGUUCCGACUCCGACACCGGACGCGUCACACCUAGUUUGCUAUUUGCAACGUUUGCAUUCGUUAUUCCAUUGUAGAACCACCGACUAGACAUUAAUUUUCGUUUAGGUUCUGAAAACAGAGUGAAAUUGGGCAUUUAGAUACUGCAUGACCGGAAGUUUUUUCAAAUUUAAAAAUCAAUGAGACUAUAUAAACAACAAGUUAUUGAGUUAUUACUUUACCUGGAUUAAAGUUGUGUUCCACGCUGUGAUCUGAUUUAUCUAAACAAGAUACAGCAAUGGGUAUCUCUAAUCAAGACGGCGAAUUUGAACGUGCAAUCAUGAAAGUAAUGAUAAAAAUAUUCAGUGCAAAAGUUGUUUUAAAAAGACUUCCUGACACACUUGAACAUAAAAACGCAAUUGUUCAAAACGAGAACUUUGAGUUAAUUCCGGAACAAAAAGGCAAACGUAAGAUGUCAAAUAAACAUCUUGAUGGUCGUUCUUAUGAAGAAAAAUCGAAUAAAGAAAUUCUCCAACCUGCCGAACAAAAUUGCGAUCCUAAUCCAGAGCCAAAAGCGAGAAAUCCGAAAGGAGGUUCAUCACCAACGAAGAUUCCAGAUAAAUUACUUGUAAAUAAAAUGUAUGUGUAUUAUUGCUCGACCUGUAAUAAAGAAAAAGAUUCUAUAAAUACUACAAAGAAAUGUUCUAACUGUAAAGAACGUUUAUUAAUUAAAUGUUCGAAAUGUAAUCGUACUUACAAAAGAAUGACAAAUAUGGUUCGACAUUUAAUGACAAAAUGCACGACUCAGAAAAAUAACAAACAUUUUGAAUGUGAAUAUAAAAAUUCAAUUCAAAUAUCAGAGCUUGAUCAUUAUAUGAACGUUCAUGAACCAACUUCAGUAGAAUGCUCUGAAUGCGGUAUCACUUUGAAAAACGAAAGAACUUUAAGGGUACAUCAAACUUACUGCAACAAAAAUGCACCUUUAUUUUGGAACGAUGAAAAUGGUUCGUUGAAGACUGGUAUUCCAGUAUCUUCAAGGACAUACAGAAAUAGACAUCUCCAAAAAACUAAUAAUGAUUGUUCCAAAUGUGGAAAAGUCUUUCUUAAUCGAAUGAGAAUGAAACGUCAUUUAUUUAAUUGUAGACGACCAGAAAAUUUUAGUAGUAAAAAUGGUUUUUACGAUUUAAGGCGGAAAGGAAAAUUGGAAAAUCACAUGUUACGAAUACAUUUGAGAAACAGCAACAGUGACCGCGAUUUUUGUCCUAAGUGCGGAGUGGCGUUUAAAAGUAAGAAGUUUAGUAAGGGACAUUUACGUUUUUGUGGUACAUCCAAGCUUCAUUUAAAGUGCAAUUAUUGCUAUUACAUGACACAUAAUAAAUAUUCACUACGGAUUCAUCUCAGAAAUAUUCAUUCCCAAGAAAUUAACAAUAUUCAGACACAAGAAGAGACAAAAGAUAUCCAGAUAGAAGAUUAAUUGAAAAUUGAUCAUUGCUCAACAAAAUAAUUUUUCAUAUUCAAUUUCAAUAAGAAAAAAAUUGAAAGGAAUAUUUGCAAUUCUGUAAAUAGAAAUUAGAAAAUUUGCUUUUCUAGUAGUUUUAGAUAAAAUAUUUAUGAACUACUAUCAUGGUCUUUUUGAUUUAUUACCACACGUCUAUAAAAAUUGUUAUACAAAUUCUAAAUUAAUAUUGACUUCUUUGAUUAAAUAUUCUAUGUUAAUUUCAUCUUAGUUGGGUGUUAUUUUUCUUUAAAAGUACACUUUUCAUAAAUAUGUACAGAUUCGGAGUUUAUACGUUUUUCCCUUAUAAACUUUUCAAUAGACUAUCUGUACGGUCAAAGACGUACUCAAUUUCAAAUACUAUGAAGUCGAUAAUGAAUAAGUCUGCAACUCGAACUCAAAAAUACUUAAAUAUACCAACGAAUACAAACGAUAUAUUUGUUGCAUAUAUAACAUAUAUACAUGCUUAGGUGUAAGAUUCUUAAUCAACUAAUCAAGCAUCAAUAUCUCAUCCUAAAUCGCAUUUACUACAUUUAUGUUAGUUGAUUACCGUCGAAACUGUACUCUGUUCAAAUGCACUUUAUUAAAAUUAUGUAUACUACUUCAUAAUUUUAUAUGAAUUUUAAAUAUGUAUUGCGUUUUACAAGAUAAUUUGUCAAUAGAUAUGAUUGC